GAGCAGGCUGGGAAGGAGCCUCUGAAAAGCCAGAGAGAAACUUUAUCGAAGACUGCUUUCUGUAUGUCAAAGUGCCAGCAGCAUUAAAGACAGAGCUGUUUUACAAGGAUUCGUGGAAGUCUUCAGCUCUCCUGAAAGUGGUAGGUGGAUGAAAGCGUUUAACAUCUGGAGAAAGUCAUCAACAACAGCCAGUGACUUCCCAUUAUCUGCUGGAGACGACCAGUAAAGAAUUUUGUCUACUGGACAUUCCAUUGAGUCAUCUCUCUGCUUUCACAUCUGAUAAUUUGUAGCGCAGGGUGUACAGGUGUGCUGGUCACUGGAUCAUGACAGCCUUUGAAAUGGGAGUCUAAGCGUAAAAAGAAAAAAAAAGAAUCCAGACGCUACAUUUGUGAACAGCUUGUGAAAACAAGACACAGGAGGGUUGAUCUUUACUUUUUUUUUUUCUACAUCUGAUAUUCCCAUUGCCAAAAUUUCAUGUGAAACAGAAACACUGUGAUCUGUGGAAUUGCACUUUUUGGAAUUUGAAUUUUUUGUCAGAUCUGUUGGAUUACUGGAAGAAAUAUACUUUGUUGGUGUAGCCACCAUGUCGUUAUCAUCUCCUGAAGUAAACUCCAAGAAGAAGCAUCCCAAGGAGUCACUGAAUGGAGAUGAUCAGGACCAUCAAUUUCUUUUCGUAAACAUUGUCCACGUGGUGGAAAGAUGUAUGAGUUCUAUGCAAGCUGGUACCCAAAUGAUCAAACUCCGGGGAAGUUCCAAAGGUUUAGUUCGAUUUUAUUACCUGGAUGAGCAUAAGUCAUGUAUACGGUGGAGGCCAUCAAGAAAGAAUGAAAAGGCAAAAAUUUCUAUUGACUCCAUUCAGGAAGUAUGUGAAGGUAAACAAUCCGAGAUUUUCCAGCGGUAUGCAGACGGAAGUUUUGAUCCAAAUUGCUGUUUCAGUAUCUACUAUGGAGAUCGCAUGGAAUCCCUGGACUUGGUGUCCUCAAGUGGUGAAGAGGCACGCACAUGGAUUACAGGUCUUAAGUAUCUGAUGGCUGGGAUAAGCGAUGAGGACAGCCUUUCAAAACGUCAGAGAACACGGGACCAAUGGUUGAAGCAGACAUUUGAUGAGGCGGACAAAAAUGGAGAUGGGAGCUUAAGUAUAAAUGAGGUUUUACAACUGAUGCACAAGCUGAAUGUCAACCUCCCACGUCAAAAAGUAAAGCAAAUGUUUAAGGAAGCGGAUACUGAUGAUAACCAGGGAACCCUAGGCUUUGACGAGUUCUGUGCCUUUUACAAGAUGAUGUCUACGCGAAGAGACCUGUAUCUGCUUAUGCUUACAUACAGCAACCACAAGGACCAUCUGGAUCCCGACGACUUAAAGCGAUUUCUCGAGGUUGAACAAAAGAUGACGAAUGUGACAAAAGAAUACUGCCUGGAUAUUGUUGCUAAAUUUGAGCCUUGUCCAGAAAACAAGAAGGAAGGAGUCCUUGGGAUUGAUGGUUUCACCAACUACAUGCGGAGUCCGGCAGGAGAUAUUUUUAAUCCGGAGCAUCAUCAAGUCAACCAAGAGAUGACCUUGCCACUGAGCAACUAUUACAUUGCCUCGUCUCAUAACACAUACCUAAUGGGCGAUCAGCUGAUGUCUCAGUCCCGAGUGGAUAUGUAUGCAUGGGUCUUGCAGGCCGGCUGCCGUUGCGUGGAGGUUGACUGUUGGGAUGGUCCAGAUGGAGAGCCAAUUGUCCACCAUGGCUAUACUUUAACUUCUAAGAUCCUCUUCAAGGAUGUUAUAGAAACAAUUAACAAAUAUGCAUUCAUCAAAAAUGAGUAUCCUGUCAUCUUGUCAAUCGAAAACCACUGCAGUGUGAUACAGCAAAAGAAAAUGGCUCAGUAUCUGACUGAAAUCUUAGGGGACAAGUUAGACCUCUCGGAUGUCUUCAAUGAAGAUUCAACAAAGCUGCCUUCACCAGAAAGCCUGAAAGGCAAGAUAUUAGUCAAGGGAAAAAAGCUUCCAGCCAGUAUCAGCGAUGACGCAGAAGAAGGGGAGGUGUCUGAUGAAGACAGCGCAGAUGAGAUCGAUGAGGACUGCAAGCUAAUAAACGGCGAUGCUUCCACCAACAGGAAGCAAGUGGAAAAUAUAGCCAAGAAGAGACUUGACUCAUUAUUGAAAGAAUCCAAAAUCCGAGACUGUGAGGAUCCCAACAAUUUUACUGUCACUACAAUGCCAUCCUCUGGGAAACACAGCCAGAAACCAGAAUCAAAGAAGAAAUCUAGUCCCGGACCAGGAGGCGAACGAACUUUGAGUAAAACCGAAGAAGAACUAGGGUCCAGCGAAGAGCCCAGCCCCAAUAAACGACACAGCCGUUCACUAAUGGGAAGCCUUUCAAAAAGAAAGAAAAAAGGUACACGGAUAAAAAAGUCUUCCAGCUUGGAAGAGUCAGAAGAUAACCUGGAUCGUCAAGGAAGCUUGGCACGGUCAUCUGUACAUUACAGCAGAAUAAACCGGCAGAAAAAGACCAUGAAGCUUUCUAGAGCUUUGUCUGACCUCGUGAAGUACACAAAAUCAGUUGGUAUCCAUGAUGUGGAAACAGAAAUCUCUUCCAGCUGGCAGGUUUCUUCAUUUAGUGAGACGAAAGCUCAUCAGAUCCUUCAACAGAAACCGAUGCAGUUUGUUCGAUUCAACCAGCACCAGCUAUCUCGCAUUUACCCAUCAUCCUACAGAGUUGAUUCCAGUAACUACAACCCACAACCAUUUUGGAAUGCCGGAUGUCAAUUAGUUGCUUUAAAUUAUCAGUCUGAAGGAAGAAUGUUGCAAUUAAACAGAGCCAAGUUCAAUACUAAUGGAAGCUGUGGUUAUGUUCUGAAGCCGAAAUGCAUGUGUCAUGGUGCCUUUAAUCCCAAUUCCGAAGAUCCGUUACCGGGUCAGCUUAAGAAACAGCUUGUUUUGCGAAUAAUCAGUGGACAGCAGCUUCCAAAACCAAAGGACUCCAUGCUGGGUGACCGUGGAGAGAUAAUUGAUCCCUUUGUAGAAGUUGAACUCAUUGGUUUGCCAGUGGACUGCUCCAAAGAACAAACUCGGGUCGUUGACGAUAAUGGCUUCAACCCUAUGUGGGAAGAAACUCUUGUGUUUACCGUCCACAUGCCAGAAAUCUCGCUUAUACGUUUCCUCGUGUGGGAUCACGAUCCAAUCGGCCGUGACUUCAUUGGGCAGAGAACGCUUUCUUUCAGUAGCAUGAUGCCAGGCUAUCGGCACGUUUACCUGGAAGGUAUGGAAGAAGCGUCCAUCUUUGUUCAUGUAGCAAUCAAUGACAUCAGUGGUAAGGUCAAGCAGGCCGUGGGCUUAAAAGGACUGUUUCUGAGAAAUCCAAAACAAGCCUCUCUGGACAGUCAUGCUGUUGGACAGCUUCAUCGGAAACACUCUAUUAGUAGCCACAUUUUAAGGAGAACCGCCAGCGCACCUACGAAAGGGCAGCAAAAAAGCAAAAAGGGCUUUCCGGAAAUUGCCAUUGACUCCAAAGACAACAGCUCAGAAGGAGCUAGCGAAGAUAGGGAGAUGGACGAUUCCUCCCUACCCCGCUUUGAUACAGAGGCUGAAAAUGCUUCUCCAGUCAUUCCUUCUAGGGACGGUACCCCAACAGACUUGCACAGUAAGAGUAUAAAAGAUCACAAGCAAUUAUCAGUUUAUAGGUCAGUCUCUUCUUUAUGCAGUCUUGAGACUAUUACAGAAGAGCCUUUGUUUGCCAAGGAAGUCCCUUCCAUUGGUCCAACAUUUCCUCACCAGCCUGUUGCCUCUUUCCGAAAUGAAGAAAACACAGUGCAUAAAAAACCCAAUGAAUCUCCGUCUGAAUGUAUUCAUGUGAGUAGAAACUCUGAAAAUGUAUACAGACCAAACAAGAUAGACAUUGACUUUAAAAUGGCUAAUGGCCCUCUUCCAGACAGUGAGAAAAAUAAUUUGGAAAGAUCUCAUAAGGACAAAAAUGGAGACCUACUGACACACGUCAAUGGGAAAAGAGAAAACACUGUAACCUUAUCUUCAAUUAAGUUAAAACCAGGAAUGUCUUUACUAGCUGAUAUUUCAAAAAAUGGCACUGAACCUCGUCAAGUAAAAGAGAAUACAAGUGACCGGUCCUCAUGUAGUAAUAAUACAUCUGAGGCAAUUAAAAUCAUGCAUUCUAAUCCACCAGAAAUUAGGCCUAAGCCAAACAUGAAACUUAAUUUAAGUUCUGCUGUUCAAAGAACACAGUUUGACAGACGUGUCCAACAAUCUGUCAUCGCUUGUGCUGGCCCACCUACGCUUGUGAGGAGAACAAAGAGUGAAGGCCAUGUGAUUGCAGACUGCUCAGCCUUAACCCUAAAUUCCACAUGCCAGUCCCCUGUGGCGGAAGUAUAUUCUGAUGCUACAGUCAAUGAUAAGAUAUGGAGCAAACUAGAGUUGAACAGUCAUAGGGACAGCAUGUCUUCGUCUUCCAGCAAAUCAUCCAAUGACACGGUGAUUGACCUUUCUUUGCCCAAUCUAGCUCAGAAAGGUUUGCUCGAUCUUGAUAUCACCAAUGAUCACUUUAAUAAUCUACACCUAAAAACCACUCUGCGUCCAAGGUCCGCAACAACAACAUCCGCAAGAGAAAUGUCAUUGGGCGUAACAAAAAGCAAGUCCAACCCUAAUUUAAUGUUGAAUAAACAAGCAAUAGAUGACCUCUCUCCAAGGCCACUGGCCAGAAACCCUGAGGAAGUAUUGCCACCCUUACCACGAAGGAAUACCUGGAAUAGACUAUAUGUGGAGAGCCUAAAACAGAAAACAAAGUCCAGUACCAAUAACAGAUCAACUCCCAACCAGUCAAUGUCCAAAAGUCUUGGCGAUUUAACCUCUGAUGAUAUUUCUUGCAAUUUUGAAAGCAAGUACAGGAGUAUUAGCAGAAGUUUUAUCACCAGACCAAGGGCACAGAGGAGACCAGCUGGUGGUAAAGCCCCCAUUAUGGCUACAGAUUCACUAACUGAGCAACUCCGAAAACUGACUAGUUUUCAGAAAGAAAAUGAUAUAACAUCGCCUACAGAAUUCCAGUCAAGUCAAGCUGAGGAUGAUGCCAUGAGUCUUCUAAGAAGAACAUCCUCUAGAAGUCAAAGCAGAGUAAGAUACAUUGCAAACCGUGCAAAACAGGCUCAGGAACGGCAAAGGCUUCAGAAUCUGUGUCAGUUAAACAGUAACUCCAUCGAGGAAAGAGGGAUUCCCGAAGGAGCUUGUGCAAUAAGCAAAGGGGUCUGUAUGGAUUCUCUUUCACCCAAACAGCUUACAUCCGAGUCUUUGGACAAAUUUAGUCCCUGAUAAUAAAGUGCUAUGGCAAAAGGAGCACAUAUAGAAUUUAUAUUCAAAAAACCAAUGUAUUGGUAGAUAUUUUCCACGAAAAAAAUACCUCAAAGGGAAAAUAUUCCUUUUGUGUCUGCAACUGUAUUGGACAACUACAACUCUAAAGCACUUAAGUACUGUGUAUAUAUUUUUUAAUUGGUCAGUUUACAUUGGGUCUGCAAUUCUCCAUGACUUGCAUUGCUUUAAUUUUGUGAUCCAGAAGUUUUUAUCAUACAUUUUCCCUUCUGGUGGCCUGGAUACAUCUCCAGACCAAUUUAUCCCGUCCUAGAGACAAAAGUAUAUUUAUGGGUCCUAUAUACCGAAUACUAGACCUUAUCCCCGUUGCUUGACCGAUGUGAAAUAUGUGAUAUUUUUUAAUUGCUGCUGUACAUAGCACCUUUAAAGUACAAUUUUAUUUUAUUUUUUUGCACUGCCAUAAGAGAUUUUCAAUAUAUGAUAUGUUUUAAAAGAGGGGGGGAAGCAUUUUAAACUAUUCCUAAUGUAUUAUUGCUGUAAAACAAUACAUUUUGUGUUUGUGAUUAACAAUUUUAAUUUGCUUUUCCAAGAUGUUUGUUCAUCCUGUAGAUGGAUUUUCAUUUUAGACUAGUAUAUUACUGAAAAGAAGAAAACAUUUUUUUUAAAUGAUCCAUUUACAGUUUUUUUUGGUUUUUUUUAAUUGUUUAA